AUGCUUUGUUUGGAGCACUACCAAAAUUGUACCUGCUGUCCCCCCGAAAAGCAAAUUCUCAUCUACCGCUACGAUCUAGACGAACUCAAGCAGAUCUCCCAACGUCCACAGGCUAGGAUAAGGGAAUACCACGAAUGGAAGGCGCGUGUUGAUGACUUCCUGCUUAUUGCUAAUUCUCUACCUAGAGUAGAGAUUAAAAAGGAGGUGGUUGGUGAGGAUACGAAGGAGGAGUUUGAAAAAGAAACGUCUAAUGGAAAAGUGCAUCAGAGCGCUCCCUCGGAGGCCAAUAUCGCUGUUGAGCCGAUAACAAUCAAGGCUGAGCUUGAAGAAAUUCCCCCUGUUUCACGAAUAUCGCUUCAGGAGUUGAUUGACUUACGCGAUAAGGGUCUACGAAAUGUCUACCCUGAUAACUUGAUCGAUGCCUUAAGUGCUGUCAUUACUGAGGUGGAGGAGUACGCCACCACUGUGCGAAGUAUUUGUCAUCUGAAACUGGAUGAAAAGGAGGCAAGUGGGGAUAUGAAACCCAGCGGUUCUUUCGCCGCUGAUUCUUCACCCAGUGAACAAAUGAAGUCCUCCCCGAAAAAGCUGAAAAAGGAAUCUCCUGAGUGGUCUUCUCAGGAUAUUGUUCAACCGGAUCUUCCUUUGAAUCCAGAUCUCGCUAAGCUAUCUUUGCGUGAGUUUGAACUUUUUGUGGAAAAAGUGAACAAACUGCCAUGUGAAUUCCCAGAAAUGGAAGAGCUAAACCUUCUCAAAAGACGUAUUGAAGAAUGGCAGGUUUCGGCUUUUGAAGUCCUGACGCUAAGUAGCCAAAUUGUACAAAGUGAAAAGGAAGAAGAUACUGACUUGGCCCGUCCUCUCCCACCACUUCCUGAACUCCAGCGAGUGGAAGAUCUCGUUAAUUUUGGAAGGAAUAUUGAAGUUGACCUUAAACCCCUUCUACCGCUCCGAUAUGUUUUGGAAUGUCUCUCCUGGUUAAAUACAAUCGAAUCGAUAAUGAAUUUGCUCGAUGGUGAGGCGUCUAGUGAAGGCGGUCUCGGGUGUGACAAGCGUCCCACCUUGAAGUAUUUACUUGAUACUGAAGCACGGGGACAAAGGCUCACCUUCUAUCUACUCAACUAUGCGGCCGAGGACAUGAAAGGUGGAACUGCACAACAGGGCGAUUCUACUGCAGAUACCACAAUUGCUCUCGAAAUGGCUGUCUCCCGAUAUAACAGACGUCUUUUAGCUGCAAUUAAUGCCACUCAAAUUUUGGAGGCUAGUAUGAAGAAAUUCUUAAAAGCACCUCAUGGAUCAUGUCAUCUUCUGGAAGCAGAGAAAUUAGUGGAACGAACAGGGAAUGUUCUAGGGACCUUCAGUGCGGCCGAGGAGUUAUCCGCCAUGUGCACGAAAGCACGAAGCAUAAUGGACCAUUUGAACGCCUUCCAGCGUAUUAUUGAAUUAAAUCGCGUUCAUAGGGAGAGAAGUACAGAGGUGGAUAUGCACCCAGGGUAUGCUACGCGGAAACCAUCUAGAGCCGAUGCCAGGAUUAAACUUCCUGAGGAGUUUGUUCAAAGAAUCAAGCUGAAUACUCCUGAAUCUACGCCAAAGCUUUGGUUGGAGUUCUACAAUGAACUAUGUAGAGGCGCCAAACGAUUACCAUUCAUCUUCCCUGACACUUCGAGGAUUAAGAAAUUGCUUGUUGUUGCUAGUCGAUGCUACGAGCGACUGAAAGCCGCCUUCAUGCCUUUUGAGGACGAAUCGGAGUUUAAUGUAGAACGAUUUCUCGAAGCAGCACUACCGCGACCAAAAGCUGCCCUUGCCAUCCUUAUGUACCGUGAUAUUGAACACUUUCCAAGUGCUCAAUCAUUGGCUUCUGACCCGGGUGACUGUAGUAGUCAAGCCUAUGCUGAGGCUUGUAGAAGAAAUGUUAAGGUAUUUAUGGAGCAACUAAAUACUGGAAGGUCUUUUGACAAUCUCUACGAUAUCGUCUACUCCAGCAUGAUUGACGAUGAGCUUAAAUUGCUCCACUAUUUGCGUAAAAUUAAUAAUCGCAAAUCGAAGCAUAGAGAUCAAGAUAGUGUGUUUUAUUGCGUCUGCCGACAACCCGGCUACUCUGGAUUUAUGCUACAAUGUGAACUUUGCCGAGACUGGUUCCAUAAGAGAUGUGUUGGUUUCUCGUCUAAGAAUGUCGAUGUCAGUCGUCUUCGCUACGUUUGCCCUCACUGCGAGCGCACAAAUCGCCCGGAAUUGGCUGAGGUGAUUUUAAUCUUGAAGGAAUUGGUGCCGCAUUUCUUGGGUCAGGAGGACGAAGACAACGAAGUUACUCCACCUUAUAGACUGGGAGAUUGGUCAAAAUCGGUCGAGAACAUCGGCUCUGAGUUGACAAGUGUUCUUUCCUCAAUCCCUUUGCUGUUGAAAUUCCCUUUUCUUACUGCUGUUCAUUUGGCUUGUGAGCGGGCCUUCAUCUUCGCCCGUCGUGUCAAAGAGGUCAUUGAUAGAAGAAGGGAUUUAUGGGAAUUAUUGCGUGAAUAUGAGGCGUUUUCUGGCGUUAAAAUACAGUGGCAAAAUUACAAUGAAGCUGCAAUACUCGCUUCUACGAGGUCGACUAGACACCAACAUCACCAGCAGAGAGGUCAAGCUAUGGGAUCAAGUCUCUCGCGUUCUCACUUACCACCUAACGUUACUAGACCUCCAGGUAUGCAACCCUUGGUCCUACGAACAUCUGCACCCCGAAGUCUCGUCACUUCUGAAGAGCGACUUCAGCAACUCCGUCACCAACAACAGCAACAACAAUUUGGAGAAAAGGUAUAUCAACAGUAA